AGACCAUCUACCUGGACUUUGGCCCUCCUGAGAGGUGCUCUCUGGCUCUCUGUGCUCUGGGCACUGUUGUCUCCUGCCUGCUGUUCCCGUAGCCCACCCAAAUGGCGCUUCUCUACCUCUGAAAUUGUCAUCCCCAGGAAGGUUCCCCAGAGAAUGGGCAAAAGUGAUAUGUCAGGGCACAUCACCUAUAGCAUGCGCUUUAGGGGACAAAGACAUGUGGUCCACAUGAAACUCAAGAAAAACAUGAUUCCUCAAAAUUUUCCUGUAUAUACCUCUAAUGACCAAGGAGCCCAGCAGAAGGAUUACCCAUUUGUUCCUCGGGAUUGUUACUUCUACAGCUACCUGGAAGGAGUCCCUGGGUCCCAAGCUACACUAGAUACCUGCACUGGAGGUCUGAAAGGCAUGAUACAGGUGGAUGACUUCACUUAUGAAAUCAAACCGUUGGCAUCGUCUUCCAAAUUUGAGCAUGUAAUUUCUCUGCUUGUGGUGGACGAAAGGUCACGUGAGUCGAAAAAGUGUAGAAAUGAUGAGAUUAUGGCAAAGGCAGGUGACCUCCCUCAAGAGACUAAGCUCGCUGGAAGUCCCAGAGCAGCCCCUGUAUAUCUGUGGCGUUACCAUUUGAAAAAUGUAGGAAUACAAUUCACGGUGACUCAUGAAUUAUACAAACAAACUGGGAGCAAUUCAACUGCCUCACUUGAGUUAAUAUUGGUUAUGACCAGCAUUUCACAUAGCAUUUAUAAAAUGAGUGGAAUGUUUGUGUACGUGCGUACUGUGUGUAUUUGGAAUGACAGGGACCACUACUCAAUUUCCUCACAUUAUAACAAUGUUUGGAGAAUGAUGGAAUUAUUUGGCUAUUGGAAAGCUGGUUACUUUUGGGAAUUUGAGCAUGCCACUACAGCUCUUCUCCUUGGAAAAAAGCUUGGAAAUACAGAUUAUGCAGGCUUUCAGGAUGGAAUAUGUAACCCCAACUGGGGAGUAUUAUAUACAUAUGUAGGAACAAACCAUUUAUUUCUGGCUGGAUCUUUCCUGGCACAUGCAGUGGGUCACCUUCUGAAUGUAAGGCAUGAUUCAUCGGGCUGUGUUUGUUUCAGAAGGAGCAGUUGUCUCAUGAAUGAAUUUCCUACUCUUCAGGAUAUGAUUAGCAAUUGUACCCAUGAUAUGCUACAUUUGAGGAUCCAUGGUUGGGACCCUUGCAUGAGUGAAGUGCGCCGUACAUAUAGACAACAACAUUAUCGCGUUCCUCGUUGUGGAAAUAAGAUAGUGGAGGCCAGUGAGACAUGUGACUGUGGUUCUUUGAAAGACUGUACCGCUGAUGAGUGUUGUGGAGUCGAUUGUGAGUUGACUCCGGGCAGCUAUUGUAAUACAGGAGAUUGCUGUCUAUCUUGUAAGUAUGCACCCACUGGAACAAUAUGCAGAGACAAAAAUGGUAUUUGUGAUCUUCCAGAGUACUGUAGUGGAGUCUCAGAGCAUUGCCCAGGAAAUUUUUACAUCAUGGAUGGAACUCCUUGUUCUCCACUGGCAGUCUGCAUAGCAGGAAACUGUAGUGACCGUCAAUUGCAGUGUCAAGCUCUUUUUGGAUACCAAGUAAAAGAUAGUUCACCAGCAUGCUAUAAUGAAUUAAAUGUCAAAGGUGACCGAUUUGGAAACUGUGGUGUAAGAAUCAUACGAGGAGGAAGCCAAACUGUCCCAUGUCAAAAGGAGGAUGUUUUUUGUGGAAUGAUCCACUGUGAUGGUGUCAAGCGUAUUCCUGGUGGAGGUGAGCACAUGACCUUUUAUCACCUAAAGGUUCAAGAUGUUAAAGAAGUACAGUGCUUUGGGUAUGAUAUACACCAUGGUUUAGAACGUCCAGAAAUAGGGCUUGUAAUGGAUGGUGCAACUUGUGGCCCUGGAAAAUACUGUAAAUCUCAAAGAUGUGUUUUUCAUCAAACUUUGAAGUUUAAUUGCAACGUUAGUUCCUGUAACUUCAGAGGGGUGUGCAACAACAAAGGCAACUGUCACUGUGUUCAAGGUUGGCAACCACCAAAUUGUUUACAAAGAGGAAAAGGUGGUAGUAUAAACAGUGGCCCUAUAACUAACCCUCUGAGGAGAUAUCGAGCCAAAAUCCAUGUGAGUAUCAACAAGCUAUUAAUUAUUUUAGGUGCUCGCAUUUUUCUUAUCGUGGCUUUGAUUAUUUUUGGUGCACUUGCAAAAGCAGUAUUACGUCCAGAAGUGCCCCAACGACGCUAAGCAUAAAAGUUAAUUGACUUCAUCCUAAACUAAUUGGAGCCACACAAUGGACAAAAUCCAUGUCAUUGACCACAAGAAACUCUCCAUUGUCUCCCAUCAGUCAUGUUAUCAUUCACAAAUCUGAGCAUUUCAUCUUGAAAUAAAAUCA